GGGGAGGGGUUUCCUUUUGCAGCCUGAAGGAGGACUGGGGAGGAGCUGCAUGCAGCAGCAGGAGGGAAAAGCUUCGCAGCAGAAACGUUUACUUGGAAGGAGAAGCCUCCCUUCAGAGCCGAGUGAAUAAAGGCAACUUUUAAAAGACAGAGGUGGCCCAAGAGAAAUGGAAGGAGAUGGAAGAGCAGGACCUGGAACUGACAAGACAAGAAAGAGCCUCCGUCCCAUCCAACCUGGAAGUGGUGCUGAAUUCUGGGAAUCAGCUGUGCCAGAGGUCCUGGCUAAGGACACCAUGACCUCAGAUGUGCUUUACCAACACUUCCAGCAGUUCCGCUACCAUGAGGCAGAUGGGCCCCGAGAGGUCUGCAGCCAGCUCCAUGGACUUUGCAACCAGUGGCUGAAGCCAGAGAGGCACACCAAGAAGCAGAUCCUGGACCUGGUGAUCCUGGAGCAGUUCCUGACCCUCCUGCCCCAGGAAAUGCAGUGCUGGGUGAGAGGAUGUGGGCCGGAGACCAGUUCCCAGGCGGUGGCCCUGGCCGAAGGUUUCCUCCUGAGUCAGGCAGAGGAGAAGAGGCAGGCAGAACAGAUGCAGGGAUCACCUUUGAAGAUGGAAGCUGCAAUCCCUGAGGCAGAAGGAGCUUCCUUGGAGCAGGGGCAGAGGGUGCAGGCGGUGGAGCGUGCCCAAGAUGCCCUCUCCUGUGGAACUGGCAGUGAAGAGAUGCUGUUGAGCCGUUGUCUUUUCCAAGGUGUGGAAACAGUCGGUGCACCUCCAAUCCAGGGUCCCUUUUCCUUUGAGGAUGUGUCCGUCUCUUUCACGGAGGCAGAGUGGGCCCUGCUGGAUCCGGGACAAAGAGCUCUGUACAGGGAAGUCAUGCUGGAGAACUAUGGGAACGUGGCCUCUCUGGCAGAGGAUGAUCAGAGGAAUGAGGAGGGUGAGAAACUUCAUCAGAAAAUGCCGGAUAAAGUUAAAAAUGAAGACUUGAAAGAAAAUGUCAGGAAUCAAAGCAGAAAGAAGAGAAAGAAAGGCGACUGUAUGGUUGAAAAGUGUGAUGGAAGACAGUGUAACAUACAUUUUCCAAAGCACAGGAAAAUGAAAGCAAGUCAAUCCAUUCAGUGCAGAAAGUAUUUCAGAAAUAGAUCACAGCCCCUUCUGCACCAAAGAAUAAAGAGAGAGGAGAAACCUUCUGAAUAUUCAUACACCACACAUGUAUUCAGUCUCAGUGGUCAUCUUCAACAACAUCAGAGAAUCGACAGAAGAGAGAAGCCUUUUAAAUGCUCAGAGUGUGGGAAGAGAUUCAGUCAGAGUGGCACUCUUCAACAGCAUCAGAGAAUUCACACACGGGAGAAGCAUUUUGAAUGCUCAGAGUGUGGAAAGAGAUUUAGUCAGAGUGGCACUCUUCAAUGUCAUCAGAGAACCCACACAGGGGAGAAGCCUUUUGAAUGCUCAGAGUGUGGAAAGAGAUUUAGUCAGAGAGGCACUCUUCAAAGGCAUCAGAAAACCCACACAGGGGAGAAACCUUUUGAAUGCUCAGUAUGUGGAAAGAGAUUCAGUGAGAAUGGUUAUCUUCAAUAUCAUCAGAGAAGCCACACAGGGGAGAAGCCUUUUAAAUGCUCAGAGUGUGGGAACAGAUUCAGUCAGAGUGGCACUCUUCAACAGCAUCAGAGAACUCACACACGGGAGAAGCAUUUUGAAUGCUCAGAGUGUGGAAAGAGAUUUAGUCAGAGUGGCACUCUUCAAUGUCAUCAGAGAACCCACACAGGGGAGAAGCCUUUUGAAUGCUCAGAGUGUGGAAAGAGAUUUAGUCAGAGAGGCACUCUUCAAAGGCAUCAGAGAACCCACACAGGGGAGAAACCUUUUGAAUGCUCAGUAUGUGGAAAGAGAUUCAGUGAGAAUGGUUAUCUUCAAUAUCAUCAGAGAAGCCACACAGGGGAGAAGCCUUUUAAAUGCUCAGAGUGUGGGAAGAGAUUCAGUAAGAGUGACACUCUUCAACAGCAUCAGAUAACUCACACACGGGAGAAGCAUUUUGAAUGCUCAGAGUGUGGAAAGAGAUUUAGUCAGAGUGGCACUCUUCAACGUCACCAGAGAACCCACACAGGGGAGAAGCCUUUUGAAUGCUCAGAGUGUGGAAAGAGAUUCAGUCAGAGAGGCACUCUUCAACAGCAUCAGAGAACCCACACAGGGGAGAAACCUUUUGAAUGCUCAGACUGUGGAAAGAGAUUCACCUGGAGUAGCACUCUUCAACAGCAUCAGAGAACUCACACAAGGGAGAAGCCUUUUGAAUGCUCAGAGUGUGGAAAGAGAUUUAUUCAGAGUAGUUAUCUUCAAAAGCAUCAGAGAAGCCACACAGGGGAGAAGCCUUUUGAAUGCUCAGUGUGUGGAAAGAGAUUUAGUCAGAGUAGUUAUCUUCAAAAGCAUCAGAGAAGCCACACAGGGGAGAAGCCUUUUGAAUGCUCAGUGUGUGGAAAGAGAUUCAGUCAGAGUGGCAGUCUUCAAAAGCAUCAGAGAACCCACACAGGGGAGAAGCCUUUUGAAUGCUCAGUGUGUGGAAAGAGAUUUAGUCAGAGUAGUUAUCUUCAAAAGCAUCAGAGAAGCCACACAGGGGAGAAGCCUUUUGAAUGCUCAGUGUGUGGAAAGAGAUUCAGUCAGAGUGGCAGUCUUCAAAAGCAUCAGAGAACCCACACAGGGGAGAAGCCUUUUGAAUGCUUAGAGUGUGGAAAGAGAUUCAGUCACAAUGGCAGUCUUCAAACACAUCAGAGAACUCACACGCGGGAGAAGCCUUUUGAAUGCUCAGAGUGUGGAAAGAGAUUCAGUCAGAGUGGCCAUCUUCAAAGGCAUCAGAGGACCCACACGGGAGAAACCGUUUGAAUGCUCAGUGUGUGGAAAGAGAUUCAGUGAGAGUGGUUAUCUUCAAUAUCAUCAGAGAAGCCACACAGGGGAGAAGCCUUUUGAAUGCUCAGAGUGUGGAAAGAGAUUCAGUCGCAGUGGCAGUCUUCAAACACAUCAGAGAACCCACACAGGGGAGAAACCUUUUGAAUGCUCAGAGUGUGG